AUGAAUUCGAAACGACCACGGCAAAAUGAUCAAAACUCGGAUGCGAGCCACCCAAAGCGCCCAAAAACCGUCGACAUCGUCUGCCAUGACUCCCAUGGCGGCGUGCCCCUUGCGCAUGGAGAUUACACAAUAGCCUGGAUUUGUGCGCUUCCUUUGGAAUUGGCGGCAUCUCGCGCCAUGCUGGAUGAGCAACACCCACCACAACCAGGCAUACCCGGCGAUGACAACACCUACGUGCUGGGACGCAUCCACCGACACAACGUCGCUAUGGCCUGCCUGCCUGGGCAAUACGGGACGAACAACGCUGCAAUCGUCGCGACAAACGUGAAGCGAAGUUUUCCCAGCAUUCGCGCCACCCUGAUGGUCGGCAUCGCCGGCGGAUCCCUAAGCCAGGCCGACUUGUACCUGGGCGACGUAGUCGUCGGCACGAGGGUGAUGCAGUAUGACAUGGGCAAGGCACUCGGGGACGGCCACUUCCAAGGAAUAGCCAUCCCGAAGACUCCUGCACCGCUGCUGAAUUCGGCCGUGUCCACUUUGCGAUCGAAGCAAUCCAGCGAUCGAAUAGCAAGCCUUUCACGAAGCCGACUCCCGAACCUCUCGCGUCCGGAUUACCCCGAUCGCCUUUUCCAGGCCUCCUACGAACAUUACCCUUUCCGUGCGCCAACAUGUAAUGACUGCGACCCGAAAAAGUGUUAG